AUGAUGUUCACUGGCACGAAUCAGCAGCAGGACUCCCGGUUUUCGGACAAGGAGAAAAAGCUGCUAAAACAGAUGAAGUUUAGUAAUAAUCUUAGCAAGCGGGUCGACAUGUCUAAGGUUAAGCUGGACGUACUACGUCCCUGGAUUAGCCAAAAGAUCACUGAUAUGCUCAACAUCGAGGACGACGUCAUCGUCGAGUUUGUGUAUAACCAGCUUGAAGAGGAAAAGUUCCCGUGCCCGAAAAAAAUGCAAAUCAAUCUGACCGGGUUUCUGAACGGCAAAAAUGCAAGGGUUUUCAUGGAGGACCUUUGGUCGCUACUGUUGUCCGCACAGGACUCAGAGUCGGGCAUACCGGCGGAAUUUAUACAGGCGAAAAAGGAUGAAAUUAUCAAACGCGAAGAAGAGGCACGCAUGCAGGAUGACGGUGGUCGCGGUCAUCGAUCAAGGAGUCGCACGCGCGACAAGGACGACGGCAAUAAAGCGAAACCGAACAAAAACGCCGUCAGGCAAAUGUACAAACCUGAACCGGAGGACUAUCUCGACGAGGAAGAAAAGAUGAUUGAGGAUUUCAUAGAGGCGGAUGUGCCGAAGGAAACAAAAAAGGCACCGGCGGUCACUACGGACCCUGCUGUGGCAACUACUGACGAUGUGACGGUAAAGACCGAAACAAAAUCUGUGGUCCCGACCGAAAAGAGCUCGAAAGAGCACACAACGUCACGGCGUAGGUCAUCUGAGAGGGGAAAAUCCAGUGAACGCAAUAAUGAUUCGAAAACGCGAAGAAAAUCGCGUGAUCGUUCACGAUCGCGUACGGACCGGCGUGCUACGUCGCGCGAUCGUAGAGGAUCUUCCCGCGAGCGAAGAUCAUCAAGAGACCGUCGCCGAUCUCGUUCACAUCGCCGUUCGGUGGAUCGUUCACGCAAACGUGCUAGCCGCUCGCCAAGGGACAAGCGUGGAAAUGAUCGCGAUCGUCGGCGAUCGCGGAGUAGCUCUCUUUCUAAGAAAGAAAAUAAAAAUAGUAACGGAAACUCAGCGGCGCUAUCGAAGGUUCAAUCUAAACUCAUGAACAUGGCGGAGGGAAAAAAAUCAACCUCUAGCAAAAAGAGUCCUAGUCGAUCCUCAGUCGAAUCGCGCUCCCGCAGUAGGUCUGGAUCUGGCGCAAAAACAGCUAACCGAAAAAAGAGUGCAAGUCGUUCUCGAUCUCCAUCGAAGUCCAGAUCGAAGAAAACGAAAAAAGGACAGCCUAGUUCACGAUCUCACAGCUCGAAUUCAAAUUCUUCGGGCUCUUCGUCGUCCAGCGAAAACGAGGACGAUAAGAAAGCGAAAGCUAGUACCACAGCAGCCGGUCCUGUCCCUAAGAAGCGCAAUGGACGAAAUAGUCGUAGCCGGAGUAGGAGCCGUAGUCGUAAUCGUCGCGAUACGUCCAGAAGUCGUUCUGGUAGUAGCCGAUCAUCGUCAUCGGGGGAUCGCAAGAAGGACGACUUUGAGAUACAGAAGAAGGAAAACAGUGUCCAAAAGAAACGCCACUAUCGUUCGAACAAGGAUUCAUCAUGCUCGGACGCCGAGGGUGGCUCAGGAGCCAAAGGUUCUGCUUCGUCGCGUCGCCGCCCUAUCGACGGUAAUGGGGGACGCGACGGCGGAAGGUUUGGUGGUCGUGAUAGGAACCGUGAAAGACGUUCGGUCUCACGUGGACGAGCUCGCGACGAUGGACCAACACGUGGACGCGGUGGUCGUUCACGUUCACGUUCGCGUAAUCGAUCCCGGUCACGGAAUCGGUCCCGCUCUCCCAGAAGACGGUCACGAUCCCCUGGACGCCAAAUAGGACGAGUAAAUGCCCGUGACACAAACUAUGGCCGCCGAAGGUCACCUCCUGCAUCGCGUUCGGGAGGACCUGCUCGUGGUCCUGAUAAAGACAGAGAGCGUGAACAGCACCGUGAGCGGGACCGUGACCGCGAGCGCGAUCGAGAACGCGAACGUGAUCGCGAUCGCACUAACCAACAGCAGCGUUACUCGGGAGGAACUGGUCCACCAGGGCGACGUGGUUCGUCCCGUGAGCGUGAUCGUGACAGCGGAAGAGGGCGUGAUUCAUCUCACGCCGGUCCUAACAAUAUGUCGCACAAGUGGCGUCGCUCAGAUGAGCCACAGAGAGGCGAAUCGCAGCGACAUCGCCAGGAAAUGGGUCCUCCAGCUUCGAACCGGUAUGAUGAUCGUGAACGGAACCAUCGGGAAGCGGCUAACCAUCGCUCGUCAACCGGUGGUGGUAGCAACCGGCGCAGCAAUAGUGUAGAAAUGCAGGAUCGGCUGAAAGGAAACCAUGGCGGUUCCUCAAGGAGCGGUGUGCGCAAGACUUCCCAGAGCCCCGCUGACUCUACUGGAAACCGCCGAUCGACAACAAGAACAUCAAAUGCGCGCGAUUCUACUGAGAUGUUCGAUGAUGGCGGCGGCGGCAGUGUAGGAGGAUCAACAGAACGCCUUCGUAAUUCCACCGAGCAGUCGCGAACCGAAAAAGCUCCAGUUCGAGGAGAAAGUGCCGGUGAAAAAGAGGAAAACACACGUCAAAAGCUAUCUUCCGACGAAGCGAUUCGGAAGCACCAGAAUGCCGCAGGAUCCACGGCGUCAGCCUCGCGAAGGUCGAACGAUCAACCGAACUCGGGAGUGCGAGAAACAAACAAAGCGCUUGAGGAGGGUAAAAAGCCCUCGAAAUCCGUGCCCUCGUUGGCCAACAGCUCAGGUCGAGCAGCUCGGGAGUACAGCAGCAGCCUUUCGCGGACUCCUUCUCCCUUCCUGAAGCCGCAUGAGCGGGACGCCGCCGCGAGCAUGAAUGCACCCACGGCAAGCACUGUUACAGCAGGCACUACGACAAACGCCACCGCAAAUCAGAAGCAGCAGAAAGCAGUCAAGGCAGGGCGGCAGCAAAAACGUGCGAGUUCUGAAAGCGACGAUGAUAGCUCCGGAAGUGAAAGUGACGACACGCAGGACGAGCCAAAAAAAUCGGCAUCCUCUCGGCGAAGGGACGGGCAAGAGGUUGAAGAUGGAAGUGACAAAAAAGCUGCGGCCGCGGCAGCCGUCACUGCCGCUGCUCGCAAGAAACAAAAGCUUAAGCGAAAGCAAGAGCCGAAGAAGCGUGGCAAGCACCAGAAUCGCGCUUCAUCGUCGUCUUCCUCAUCAAGCAGUGAAGAUAACGAGGAAGACGAGAACAAUGAGGACGCCAAUUCGUCAGACGAGAGCGCAGGGAAAAGAAAAUCGCGCAGCAAGGAUCGUCGGGAACCAAAGAAGGCAGCCUCAGUGGGAAAGCCAACUGAAGCAGGAGCACCGACCGAGCUCGAACAGCGCCGGAAACCGCCACCACAGGAGGGAGAAAAGCGAAAGCAACACCUCGACAGCACUUCCUCGGUUGAGCAACACGGUUCAAAACGGCGAAAGCAAGCCGCUUCCGAUAGUGGUCGGGCUACGGCGGAUGACCACUCCGGGGCGAAGGUAGUUGGCGUAAAGCAACACUCGUCGCUCAGUUCGACCAACAACGUGUCCUCUUCGAGCUCUUCAAAGGGAAAAAGUGGUGCAAAGACGUCCAUGCCGGCGGGUGAGCCGGAACGCUCUUCCUCCUCGAGCGAUGACUCCGAGGAUGACCGGCAGCGAAAAAAACGACGCAAGGAUAAGAAGCGCCAGCGGAAUGCGUCACCCGACGACGGUAGCGGUUCGUCUGGCAGCAAACCCAGCAAAAAACACAAGAAACACCGGAAACAUUCGAAGAAACACAAGAAGCAUAAGAAACACAAGAAGAGUGGUAAAAGUGGCGGCGGUGGUAGCAGCAGCAAAUACCAGCGCAGUUCGUCGUCUUCCUCGGACGAGGACGAAGGAGCACCAGUUCGCUCGAAACGGGGAACCGGCCCAGCGGGGGGUAGUGGCAGUGGCGCGGUUGUAAACGAUGACCUCGAGAAGCAGCUGCGCGAACGGGCCCUGAAAUCGAUGAAGAAACAACAAAGCAUCUCGGACUGAGCAGUCGUUCCGUGGUGCACGUGGCAUGCUGGCAACAAUUGCCAGGAUCGCCAAACGAUUGUAUAGAUAGUUUAUAGGGCGUCCACUGAGA